AUGUCGAUAUCGGCAGUCGCCUCGCUGAGGCCCGUCCGAGGCCAAUGUCUGCGCCAUGCCACCACUGGCCUGCUCUCCGUCCAGGUCAAAUCGCCCACUGCCACUGUCCACCUGCGGGCUGUGGUGACCCUGCGACCCCAGCAAAAACGACAUCAAUCGACCUCUCAAACGCCUCAAGACAAAGGUUCAGCACAGGGGAAGCCUCAGGUUACAUUUCGUCAGUUUGCGGGGCGUGCGCUCGGAGUCAGCUUGCGGAACCUCGUUGUUGCGCUGAGCCCUCGAGGCAUCCGGCAGUCAUAUCGCGAGAACCCAGGCGUAACCACGCUGAAUGUUCUUCUCCUGUUGUUCACUUUCGUCUUCUCUGCGGUUGCGAUUCGAGCGUACAUCAACACUUUCUACAACUCGCAGUUUAGCAGGUAUCCGGAACCAGUCGCAAACACUCUACGCCGCGCCAUCUACUACACCAACAUCAAACCAGAUCCCGAGCUUGCAUUGAGGUACUACAAAAAGGCAAUGGAACAAUGUGCCGAGGUUGGCCUAGAUCCUUUCUCCGACGAAGUGUUGGGCAUCAGGAUACAGGUGGCGUUCUGGCUUGAGAAGAUCAACAGCCACAAGGCGGCCAUUGACGUUCUCGAAUCUGUUCUUGGAGACUGCCGGAGAUGGAUCGACGUCAUGGAGCAAUCUGUCAAGGACGGCAAGGUGGACAACAAAGGGCGAUAUGUUGGCGACGCACAAAAGACUGCUGCAGCGGAUGCAGCUUCUGAUGGUAAUACCGGGCAAGCAGAUGACGCCGCCACUCCCCCAGAGUCAAGCGAGACCUUGUGGCGCAAACGAGAAAGAUUGCUUUCCAAGGCUAUCUCAACAAGCGUUAAGCUCGGUGAACUAUACUCCGAUGAGCAUGUGCUCAACCCGGACAAGUCCCAUGCCCAUCUGGUCUGGGCGGUCGAAACCUCACUCAAGGAAUUCCGCAGACGCAAACUUGAUGGGCCCAAGCCUGGAGAAGAGAAGUGGCUCAGCCCCGAAGAACUCGGCGGAUCAAUGGAGUCACUUGGUCGAGACUACGAGCGCCGCGAUCAGUUCCAGCUUGCCAUUCCCCUAUUCUUCCAGGCUCUCCGCUUAUGCGAGACCCCAUGCCACCGAGCGGUCAUUAUGAACAACUUGGCGGCGGCAUUUGCCCAGCAGCCUUUGUAUGCCGCGGGUACAAUGGAGCCAUCCGAGGGCUUGAAAGAGCUUCUCGAUGCCUCCAUGCCCACAACUCGCAAGGAAUGUCUCGAGGCGGGCCUUAACUGGGCGCAGAACGCAUAUGUUCAUGCCAAAGACGUCCAGGGCGACGACCGGACGCCGGAGUGCGAUGAGGCCUGUGCUGUUGCGCUUUGCAACUGGGGCGACAUCGCAGCCAUGCUAGGCAAGGCGGAGCUGGCGAGGAAAAAGUACCAACAGUGCAUUGAGAUGAGCGGCAAGAUGCAGUUUCCCGAGGGAGUGAAGCAGGCUCAGCAGGGUCUUGCAAGACUAACGUCUACAUCUCCAGUGAAGAUAUGA